GAUGUCCCGCAGCUGUCUCCGCAGGCUUUCGUUCUCCCGUUUCGCUCGGGCUGUCUCCUCCCGGUACUCGGUCACGGUGUCCCCGACCACGUCCAGGAUCUCCCUCACCACCACGGCCAGCCGCUCUGUCAGCACCGGACUGGGCUGUAUGUUCUGCAGGAGCAAAAUGAAAAUGACUGUGCAGCAUCCCGUUGACUAGGAACAGAAAGAGCCGCCCUCGUGACUUCUCUCCAACAACCGAAAACCAGAGCUUUGUCUGCAUCUUCCAAUGGCCUCCAGUCCCAGCACCACCCAGCCCUCCGGCGGAGCGGAGGAGGCGCAGCAGCCGGAGCAGCCGACCACCACGCAGCCAGAGGCGGAGGCCAUGAACGGCCCGGUGACGUGUCAGCCGACCAGCGCUGAGCAGCCAGCCCCACCCCAAACAACAGACACUGAUGAAGCCACCCACACGGAGGAGGGCAUGGCCAAGGACCAUCUGGCAGUGAUCGAUGAGAAGAUGGAGACUAGUAAUGGAGUCGGUCCGGUGUCGGUCGAAUAUUCUCCCCCAACAUUUUCUGUGUCGCCCAAGCAGCAGCAUGCUAAGCCGGGCGGCCAGCCCAAUGGACGGCCACGUUUAGGCAGCCGGGCCGGCUCCGUGGCGGCAGGCUCCCCCAGGCCUUCGCUCAGCCGCCAACCCAGCGCCAUCACCGAGGGUGCCAUAGAUGGAUCCAAGCCGAGGGACUACCUGAUCCUGGCGAUCCUGUCCUGCUUCUGCCCGCUUUGGCCCAUCAACAUUGUAGCCCUCACCUUCUCUGUCAUGUCCCGCAACAGUCUGCAACAAGGCAACAUUGACGGCGCCCGGCGCUUGGGCCAUAACGCCAUGGUCCUGUCCGUCGUCUCAAUAGUGGGAGGGAUCGCCAUCAUCACCGCACUCAUCGCCUUCAACUGGGGAUUGAUAUUAAAAUCCUGAUGGGCUGCCUUGGCAACUAUACGGCUGGAACAUCGAGACUGACUUUACACCAACAUCUUCCCAACAAGACAAUGUACCCCUCCUGAUAUUAAAGCACUAUUCUUUUCAAGCGCCUGCAACUGAAAAACAAACAAAAAAAUCGGUUCCUGUUUUUGCUGUUGUUUCUUGCUGCACGAGCAUGGUCGGCCUGACCCUCUACCUCCAACACUACCAACCCACUUCUGACACUGACGCCCGCUUUGGAUGCUGAAGGAGAAACGGAUGGAUAUUCAGACAGAAACAAAAUGCUCAUUUCAUUCUGUGGUAGCAGCUUAUCUCCUGCAAACUGCCUCCUCUCCCUUUUCGAUGCCAAAAAAUGACCUUAGCUGAACUUGAACUCGGAGACGCUGAACGGGAUGGCAGCAGUCGGCGCUUUUGCAUUUGAUCACUGAUUGAUCGGUGAAUAAGGUGAACUGAGGACUUGCUGGAUGAACUGUCAGAUUCUUUUCAUUUUGAAGGCACAAGAUUCCAGGAAACAAAAAAAAACAGAGUGAUGUGUGAUUUGAGAAAGUGGUGGGAUUUUUCAUUAUCUGUCUAUUCUUGUCAAUGCUUAUCACACACACACAUGCAAACAC